GGGAAAUAAAGCUAGUGCUGCUAGUGCAAGUUCAACCCAGCAGCAGACUAUCUCUACAGCUUUCCAAAGUUCUUCAAAGUACAAAAUGGAAUCAAAGGAGCAACAGACCAAGGAGCAGGCCAUAGCCAGAUGGAUUGGACGCACAGGUUUACCACUCACAACAAUUGAAGACGAGGACUUUGUGCAAAUGAUGGAGAUAGUAGAUAGGAGACUAGCAAUUCCAAAGAAAACUAAAAUUAGCAAUUUGAUUGAAACACAAUAUGAACAUGAAAGACAAAAAUUCAAACAGAGACUGGCUGCUGCCCGGAGAGUAUCCAUUGGCCUUGACUUGUGGACAAAAAAAGGACUGACCGCCUCAUUCCUUGCUAUUAGCGCAUGCUACUUUUGUGUUGAACAAAUCAAACCUGCACACAUAUUGUUGGCCCUUGAACAAGUAGCUCACCCACACACUGCACUGUCUAUUAAGGCAUGUGUGGACGAAUGUAUACAAGAGUGGGCCAUACCGAAGGAGAAGAUCCUGACGGUAAUAACGGACAAUGGAAGUAACAUGGUGGCAGCCUUUAAAAACACCACAGCAGAAGAAACCAGCUCUGAGGCUGACUCCCCUGGGUCCGAAACCGCGAUGGAAAGUGACUCUGAAAUUGAUGACCAGCGGUACCAUCAUGUCGACAUGGAAAUGGCCCGGACGCCGUGCGUGGUGCAUACCAUACAACUUGUGGUCCACAUGUUGCAGAAAGAAACAACUGUCAAAAGAGUCCUCGAUAAAGCAAGGUCUGUGGUGAAGCUCUUUCGCAAGUCCUCAGUUGCAACACAGAGGCUACUAGACCAGUGUGGUGUCAUUGUUGUAAAUGACUGCCCCACACGCUGGUCAAGCACAUUCAACAUGGUCACACGACUCCUCACAGUCAAAGAUACUGUCUGUCAAAUCACAAAUGACAUGGGAUGGGACAGUUUGCUUACUAGUGAGUGGCAAAAGCUUUCAUCAUUGCGUGACCUACUGCUUCCUUUUGCAGAACACACUAAAACCCUCCAGAGUGACACCACAUCUAUGUCCCUAGUGGUUCCUGCCCUCUUUGAUCUGCUGAGCCACCUAGCUGACUUUGCAGAGAACAGCCGGUACAGAGACCUCGCCACUCUUGCAGAGAAAAUGAGAUCAAAUCUGAACCUGCGUUUUGCUUGCCUCUUGGAUCCAACCGAUGAAAAGUUCUCACCACUUGCAGCAGCUGCCUGCUUUGUCAACCCAACUGUCUGUGAAAUCCUUGUUAAUGUUGAUGUAGCUGAUGGAAAUAUCCAGGAACUGCUGAAACAGGCAGAAGACUAUGUGGUCAAAUGCACUUUCCUCCCACACACAAGACAGGAGGACCACCAGUCUGACGAUGAUGCAGAAGAAGUCAUUGAGGAACCAGAACCAGCGCCAUCUUCAAAGCAGCCGGUGUUUAGGUUCCUCUCAAAAUGCCGCACCACAAGACCUAAACAGAAAACCUCCACAACCAGCGUCAGGCAGCAGAUCAUUAAGUACAAGGAAGAACUUUCACAUCCCAUCACUGAGGACACAGGAACAGACUUCUGGCUGGAAAAGAGUGACAGUUUUUAUCACAGUUUAAAACCUUUUGCUUUGGACUUGUUGGCUAUGCCAGCUUCUCAAGCUUUUGCAGAGAGAGUAUUCAGCAUCACAGGUGACCUCACAAGAGGACGGCGCAACAGAGGAAGGGUCAGCUUGGAGCGAAGUGCUUUCCUUAAAAUGAACAGAAACAAAUAGAACUGUUGUAUUCACUGCUAUUUACAGCAUUACAGCUGUAGCAGUAUAUGCACAACUUAGAGUUUCCGGUCUGGUAUUUGUUUUGUUUUUUGUUUAAUAUGAGAGCAGAGAGAUUUUUCUUGUUCCAUGCAAUAAUGGCAUUACAGCUGAGCAUGUAAUUCACUUGUCUUGAGUUGAGCUCCUUGAUACUAGCUCAUUGAUACUACUUCGAAUUAUUAACAGAAGAAUAUUUUGUUUUGUGUGCAAUGACAUUUCAACCAAUGCAUAUUUUCUUUUAGGCUACAUAUGUUUUGUUUUUCCUUUUCAAAUCUAAGUGAUUUUGCUCACAAUGCACAGAGUAAUAGUUGAUGACUAAGAAGAUGAUGCUUAGUUACAGAGUUGUGUGCUUUUUAGUUUAAUGUGAUAUUUACCUGUAUUUUAAAUGCUGAGACAGCACAGCAGGGUGUUUUUUUUUUUUCAUUUACUUGAACAUUAAGGAGUAUUACAGCCAAUACAUCUUUUAUUCUACUUUUGAGAAUUCUUGUUGAUUUUGUAAGGCAUUGUAGCCUAACAGUAAUUUAAGUUAUCUUGAGGUACAGUACGUGAACGUUAUCAGUAGUGCAUUUUCUGUAUCUACCUUGUGCAAUGGCAUUACAACCAAUAGUUGUAUUAUUAUUUUUGAGAAUUGCACUUUAUUUAUUUGUUUAUUUUUUUUGAGUUAGGUGAUUUAUUCUUUCAAGAUGAAAGACAAUAUUAUUGAAAUAGAUGUCAUAUGCAAUACAUAUCAUUCAAGGAGAAUGCAUAUCUUUUUCAGGGAGCAUGUAUAUUUUUCAGGGAGAGCAGGCCUUAUGCUAACUUUAUUUGAGAUUAUCUUUUGUGAAAAAGCCAUGGUCAGUGUUUUUGACAUUAAAAGUAAAAUAAAAUACAUGUUUUGUUCUGUUAAA